GUGGCGGCCAUGUUGUAUCCGCGGGUGUGUGUGAGUAUGAGUGUGUAUGAGUGUGUGACUGAGUGUGUGUGUAUGAGUGUGUGUGUGUGUUUGGGUCUGGGAGAAGAGGAGCGUGUGUUGUACUACGAGCUGCCGCCGCCGCUGCCGGUGUGUGUGUGUGUGAGCACCGCUCUCAUACCAGCCGAGUCGUGGGUUAAAACUGUCGGUUAACCUUAGUUUGCCCGCUUCGCCAUGAGCCGUCCGUCCUCAGCGGGAGGAGCGGGCGGAGGACUGGGAGCCGGUAAGGCGGGAGGAGGGAGUAAACACGGCGGCUCCGGAGCAGCAGGAGGAGGAGGAGCGGCGGCAGCUGCCGCUGCUGCAGCCGCUGCGGCCGCGGCAGCAGCAGCAGCGGCGGCGGCUGCUGCGGGGGUUUCGGGCUCCGUCUCUGGGUCCGGUUCUGUGACUGCUGCGACCGCUGUAACGUUACCUACUGCGGCUGCUGCUGCUGCCGCCGCUGCUGCUGCUGCUCUACCCGGACAGUCGGCCGAGCUGACGGCGCUGUUCGAGUGCCCAGUGUGCUUCGACUACGUGCUGCCGCCGAUCCUGCAGUGCCAGGCCGGCCACCUGGUCUGCAACCAAUGUCGACAGAAGCUGAGCUGCUGCCCGACCUGCCGCGGGCCUCUCACACCCAGCAUACGGAACCUGGCGAUGGAGAAAGUCGCCUCCACGCUGCCCUUCCCCUGCAAGUAUGCCUCAGCGGGUUGCCUGCUGUCACUGCACCACAGCGAGAAACCCGAACACGAGGAGGUCUGCGAGUUCCGCCCGUACACCUGCCCCUGUCCAGGGGCCUCCUGCAAAUGGCAAGGCUCUCUGGAAGCAGUCAUGCCUCACCUCAUGCACGCCCACAAAUCCAUCACAACACUGCAGGGCGAAGACAUUGUCUUCCUGGCCACGGACAUCAAUCUGCCAGGAGCUGUGGACUGGGUGAUGAUGCAGUCCUGCUUCGGGCAUCACUUCAUGCUGGUGUUGGAGAAGCAGGAGAAAUACGAGGGCCACCAGCAGUUCUUCGCGAUCGUGCUGCUUAUAGGUACUCGCAAGCAAGCCGAGAACUUUGCCUACCGCCUCGAGCUGAACGGCAAUCGUCGGCGGCUCACAUGGGAAGCCACACCACGGUCAAUCCACGACGGAGUUGCUGCAGCGAUUAUGAACUGUGACUGUCUCGUGUUUGAUACCUCCAUUGCCCACCUUUUCGCUGACAACGGCAACCUGGGCAUCAACGUUACCAUCUCCAUGUGCUGAGGAAGUCCAAGAGAGCCCAAGAUGAGUAGCCAUUUGCCAGGGAUUGAAGCCUUGGAAUGGAUGACUGCUGUUCGUUCCCUCUUUCCAGAGUUGGAGGGUCUAAGAAUGACAGGUGGGAGAUACAUUUGCGUGUACAGAAUAUAUAUGUCUGUUCAGGACUUGUUCCGUCCAAGAAGGCAUACUGAGACUGACCUAUAGAUCUAGAUCUGUCUGCCGAAAGAACGAGAGGGUCUUUCUUGCGAUUGGAGAAUGUGGCAUAUUGUUGGUACGAGGCAACCAGAACAAGCACAGCUAAAACACAGCUUUUCUUGCAUUGUCCAAGGAUACCAAUCCAAUCCCCCAAUGCUCUCACCUCUCAGGCCCUUACUAGACUGGAAUGCUCUCAGCCCAGGCCCAGCCACUUUACAGCCAAGCCUAAUGGACAGAGCCUCCAGAGCAUUGUUGAUGAAUGGAUCAGUCAGGUCCCAGAAAUGCUUGGGUGGUUUGCUGGGACAGGGCAGGGCAGGGCCUGAGCGCAGUCACGUUGUCACGUUCAAAGCUGCCUCAAGCGUAUGUUAAACAAACAUACGACUUAAAAGAAAUUGCACUGACUUCAGAUGGAAUCAUGACUGACUGUGUAUAUGCUAAGAUUCUAAUGUUCAUGUCUGAGAUGUACUUAUAUGAUGCAGUGCCCAGAAAUGAAUGAAUGAAAGAAUUAAUGAAUGAACAAUGGCUGGAUUUGUGUGGAAAUAAAACUCACUUGCAGGAUGAUUGCAUGACUGGCCACCAUGUCUGUCAGGACCUCAUCUCAAUCAUGUUUUUAUCUGUCUAGGAAGUGUUUAAUGUCGUUUCAGUACCAUUGUCCCAUCAAACCAAUGAAAAAAAGGAUGGAAAUCCACUGUUGAUUGAAUUGAGUUCUUUGUAAAACUGGUUAAAGAUGAGGAAAAAUGUUGGUAGAUACAUUUUGAGUUCAUUUUUUGACUGUCAGUCAGCUGACUCUAACUCUUCUUGGGUCAAGGUUUUUGAUUUACUGAAAAAAGGAAAAAGUAAGGACUUAAACCAGUUUCUAACAUGCCUCAUUAGUCAUACUCUGUUCCCAUGUCACUCACUCAAAGUAAUAGCCUCAUAUGCUGUAUGUUUGAGUUUGAUACUUGAAUGUUUUUUGCUUUCGAACUGUGCUGCCCUGCAAAGGCAGAAAAUAGUAACUACAGAAACAGAAAAAAAUAUCUUUAGAAUUCUGUUGUCUAGCCAAAUAUGUCAUUGCAGUUCUCCUCAGACAACAAUUUUUACUCAACUACAGUUGCUGCAUUUUUCUUUGGCCUCUGUUUGGCACUGUGGUCCUCAAGCACCACUCUGGGCUCUCGUGACAUAAAGUAACGGUCCAGCAUGUAAACAAUAAGAGCCUGCAUGGUUUAAAAUGAACUUUGGAAUGAACUUUAAAAAUUUUGCUCUUGGAUGCAGAUGCUGCAUUGGACUGGUUCAGGGUUUCAGGAAGAGUACCUGUAUGUAUGUAUGUAUGUUUCUUACUUAACCCCUCUUUUUCUAUCCAAGCUAAUCAAAGAGAACUGACGACACACUUUGUAAAUACUCACACAAACCUAGUUUUGUUGUUAUUUGCUGUGUUAUUGUUACGUCUCUUUUUAUUGGUUUAUUUAGUCUAGCUUGAUUACCGCUCCAGCUCUUUAAACCGCAGCUCCGUGAGAUUUUGGGAGACGUGUUUCCCUCAACUCCCCGGGUCAGUCAACCUACAGCGCCUUACUUGUAUACAAGACCAACCUUUCAGAGCCCAGCAGGGCUUCUGCUGAAGAUCAGGUCACCGUGAUCCAAACCGCUAGUGUCUUGAAAAGACUGAAGUAUAAGAGCCUUUGUUCAUAAAUAGUGGCAUUAUGGGGACACAUGAUCAUGAGACAUCCUUCGUAAAGCCUCCCCACCCCCCCACCCCCGGAGCUUCUUAGCAGUAGCGGCAUCCUUCACACAACACAACACAACCUAAAAAUUCUAUCUCAAAUCCGCUCGAAUACCUCUGCUGACCUUGGACACGUCUGUAAGUGGACUGACUGCAUGGAUCUCGCUGGACCCUGGAGGUCUAGGUGGUUUUCAGUGGAACACAGUUAGUUCAGAAGUCGGAAUCCCCUCAGCUCCGUCAUGAUACUUCUGAUUAAGUUAAUAAUGUAAAUGUUUUCUCUGUAAUCCACGUACCGGUUUUAUUUUGUCUUUGUGUUAAUGGAGUUUUGUAUGUUUGUGUCAAACAUGAAGUAUGAAGGAAUUUAUUUUGACUUUAUUUGCGCUCUAGUAAGCAUCUGCUUCACAAAUAAUACAAGGCUUUAAUCAGCUGGUUGCCAUGGCAACUGAAUAUGCUAAUUAGGGCUCGGGGGAUAAUAGAGCACGGAAGUGAAGUUCUGGAUACAGAUGCGCUGUUGAGGAAACCCCGCAAUGAUGCUAAUUUACAUGAAAUGACCACUGUUUGUGAAGUCCCUACCAUUUGAAACCAUGCUUUCCUCCCCAUUUCGUCUUUCUUUUUAAUUAUAAAAGGUGCCAAAAAUGACACUAACCACUGCGCUUUGUGUUUAAGAACUGACACAGAGCGGUGAACAUGAAUCGAGUUAAAAUGCUAAACAAAAAGGCAUGACUAUAAACAUGUUCAAGGACACUUUCCUACACAGUUUUUAAAAUUGUCAUUGCUGUGCGUGUAGGAUGAUACAGCGAGUGGAGAAAAAGCCAAAUACUGGCAGCCUAAAAUCAGUGAAUCAGUAAAUCCAUCCUGGCUUGGAUGCUUCACUUGGAUUGUGUGCGAACAGUAAUUGUAUUUCUGAGUCCAUGUUAACCGGAGUAUUCUGAGAUUUUUCAGUUUGUGCACCUGGGACAGAAAACACUUUCAGAGCAAUGCUGAAUCUUCUACUUGAUGUUUGUUCAUAUUGCAUCUCAGUGUGUUAAAAAACUGAGAUUAUUGGCUGGUUGAAAUAGAAAAAAUCUGAUUAUUGCCUAACUCAUGUAAACUCCACUCACACAAAUUUUUCAAUUAUCUGAUUAAGUUCAUGUAAACGCAUCGAUCCGAUUACCGACAAACACUGAAGUUCUGCAUUAAUUUGAAUUAUGCAUUGAAAAUGCGUGUAAAUGCACUCAAACCUUGUCAAAGGUUAACCAGGCACGAGUUAACAUCAACUGAUAAUUCCUCUGGAGGGCUGUAACCUGUAGGCCGCAAUAUGUUCAGCAGGAACACUGCCAUUAAUAUCGGUUUGAAGUCAGUAAACAAAAGACCUAGUCUGUACGUCUAUAUGACUGGAGGCACGUUGAGUGGGAGGAUCUCCUUCAUGCUAACCACGAGCCUGUGAGCAAACGCCAAGCACUUACUUUCUAGAGGGGAAAAGGACAUUCCCCACAUAAUGAGGGGGGAAGCUCUUCUUUUGUGCAAUAGAGAAUAAAAUAAGUGGCGGAAUCCGCAAUUGAGGAACCAAGAAUUAGUGGUUGAUGACAGUUGAAUUAUUGUUUCUGUCUUUUCUUAAAUACAGUCAGUCUGUUCUGUAAUACAGUUUGUUUCUAGAGUAAACCCUCAGGUUUGCUUUUCUAACAGCCUUCCACAAACCUUGUCACAACACUGCCAGCCAUCUGUUUCAAACCCCCAGCAUUCCAGACGCCCCUUAAUAGAACUGGACAAGGCACUGAAUAAAUACAUUUUGAUGACGGGAGCAGGUGGCCUGCUGGGGAGAACGCCACAGUUUGCAAUCAGAGCAUCAAUAUUCACCGGCUAGGUUGCCAGAAAUGAACAAGUGGAAUUGGAAAACUUUAUUUGUGACUUUGAACUAGAGAUGAGCCCCAAAUUUGCAUAAAUCAGCCAGUGGUGAAAUACAAAUUGAUAGCAAAAUGCAUGUUAAAUCCAUUUGUUUUGAACCCUUCCGUGCAGAUACCAAAAUAACUUUUGGCUUUGGAAAGGGUUGUCUUUCCAGGGAGAUGUAUUGCCUUAUUAAAAAAAUAGCUGCUUAUGGUAUUUAUCAUCUUUUUUCUAGAUGUUUGGAAUUUCCACUGUCAUGUCUGGGAUUUAACUGUAUUUACUGUGGGGAUUGAAAAUUGGUGACUAUUGCUAUGUUCACAUUACCAGGCUGAAGUGAAUCCUGUUUUGGUUCAGGGCUGUGUAGACAGGUCUGAUUAUUUAAAAUCAAAUUACAGUCACUUAAAAUGAGGUCCUAGAUUUGAAACAUAUCCGAAUCAUGUUUAGUGCUAAUGCCAGUCAGAAGCAGUGUUGUGACAAAUUCCAGCUCCCUGUCAGAAUCUGUAUCCGCAGUGUGUUUGUAUAUACCAUACAAUAUGCUCACAACUCCUAUUGUUUCUGUUCAUAAUUAAAAUAAAUAUUACAUAUAAAGUACCAUUAUUUGGGUUUUUCUUCACAAAUAUUAAAAUAAUACUGCUUAAGUAAGUCAGAUUCUGACAGGGACUAGAAAUUUGGUACAACACCAGCAGGGCAGCAGUUAGGAACAGGGCUGUUUACAUUACAGAUAGAUAUUGGUCACUUUAUGUGUCUAAAGUUUAGGAUUAUAUCUGGAUUAGGCCUAUUCACAAAAGAUGCCAAUGUAAACACAAACCUGAGAUAGAUUUGAAAAUCAUUUUAUUAUUUUUUUAGUUCCUCCCCCCAUUUUCUUCGAAUUUAGCUAGACCAAUUGUCCCACACACUCAGCUGCUCUUCAGCUGUAUUUCCCCUAUCACUAGUGAUGCCACAACACAAGGAUGAAAGGAGGGUGAAGACUAGCACGUCUCCUCCAAUACAUGUGAACUCAGCAACUGCCUCUUGUUAAACUGCUGCUGAUGUAGUCAUCACAGCGCACUCUGAGGAAAGCGCAGUGACUCAGUUCCGAUACUUCAGCUCACAGACGCCUUUGUGCUGAUCGACAUCACCCCAGAAGUAAUGAGUGGAAAAGAGCACCAUCUACCCAACCAGAGAGAAAGCAAGCCCAAUUGUGCUCUCUCAGGGCUCUGACAGCUGAUGGCAAGCUGCAUGACAGGGAUUUGAACCAGCGAUCUCCUGAUCAUAUUGGCAGCUCUUAGCCUGCUGGACUACUCGGUGUGCCAGAUUUGAGACAAAUUGUAUAGCAGUGUAAACCUGCCAUCCCUUUAAGACAUGUUAGACUACAUUUUUUCUACAUUUAUAAAUGUGAAUAAUCAAGAUAACCAAAUGCAAUCUAAGCUGAAAAACUGAGGCAUGUAAUUUGAACACAGCCUUUUGUCUUCCAGUUUUUAUUAGCAACAUUACAUGUAUGAUCAACCUAUUCUUUUAGGUUUAAAUGUUGUGAAAAAUAAGGAUCUACAUGGAAAGUUCAACUUAUUUCAAUGCAUAGGAGGUUAUCAUGAGGUAAUACAUUUAAAUUCAUUUAAAUCUGAAAGCAAAAAAAACUGUAUAUAUAUAUAUAUAUAUAUAUAUAUAUAUAUAUAUAUCUUUACAACACAAGAACACAAAUCUUCUACUUCCAAAGAUAUUGCUCUUAGUUUUUAACAGCAGUUUAAAAUGAUCUGAGGAAAGGUUUUGUAAUCAUUACGUUUAGUCGCUUUAAAUACACGGGGGAUGUUCUGUAAUGCAGCUACGUUUCUGUAACCAUGACAAAACAGUUGGCAUAAAGAACCUCUCUCUCUCUCAGGCUUACCUGAGGAAGCUAAUAGCAGAUCACCUUUAACUACCCUGUCCUCUAAAUAGAUCCGACAGUGGCAUGUCCUUUGGUAUUUUGGAGUUAAGAGUAGAUGACGUUAACUGGGUAUUAUGUUAGAUAUUAGCUCUCCCAAUGCCUUCUUUUUUCCUUCAUAUUCCCCUCCAGAACUCUUGAGACUGUCGCUGGUUAGGUUCCUUGCUCUUCACCCAAACAUUCCUCUUCUGUUCCUCAGCUGACAAAUGUUAAUUUAUUCAGAGUAUAUUUGUGUAAGUUUGCCUCUUAGAUGGUUAACUAUGUUAAUGUGACUCUAGAGAAUUUAUUUGAUUGUAAUAUUAGCAAUGAAGUAAUUUGAAGUUAUUGGAUUCCUGUUGAGCGGGUAGAAGAUGAUUGAUUAUGAUUUAUGUGCACAUUGUUUGUUUGGUCUUGUGCUUUUUUUUUUUCAAAAAUAAUCAUCAGUUAAGUGUCAUUUCAUAAUGUAACAGAAUGAAAGUUCUGUAUUACUUGGCUUUUGUUUUUCUUUUUGGGGGGAAUAAUAAUGAAAUUCUGUUGUAUUAUUAUCCAUAAAUCUAUUUUGUUCUUUAUAUCACGUCAAAUUCUAAUAAAAUAUUUAUGUCAAA